AAAUUUUACCAGUGGGACCAGUCGGACGUGUUUGCGCUUAAAAGUAUUGUGGUGCGUGAUAAAGUGCAAAAUAAGCUAAAACGCGCAUGUGGGAAAUCAAAUUUAAUUGAGAAGCAUAAAACCGUAUACAUACAAGUGCUUGUGUGUGUGUGUGUGUGAGAUUUUCACUGUGGAAAAUGCAAACUGAAUGAAAACUAAGCCAACAAAUUGGAAAAGUUAACAACCAAUUGGGGACAACCGUAGUUGUCUCGAAAAAGACAGAAGAACAAAGCCGCAUCAGAGUGAACGCCGAGCGUCGAGCGGUAAAAGCAGCAACAGAAGCCACAAGGAGGAAGAUCCACAGAGCUCGUUACACUGAUUCGCGCGGCAGGGAAUGGUAUAUUUCUUGGGGGAUUGGGGCAUGGGAGAUUCUGACUUGUCGUCAUAUCAGCAGCAUGUUCCAAAUAUACAGCAGCAACAACGCAUUCAUGGACGUGAUCUACAUCAACAGCAGCAGGCGCAGCAGCAGCAACAACAACAGCAGCAGCAGCAGCAGCAACAGCAGCAGCAGGAACUGGUUGCCCAAAUCUCCACCAGCCUAAGCCAGUUGCAGUCCCAGCUGCAGUUUGCUAGCGGCUCCAGUUUCCUCCAGCAGCCAGGCUCUCCGGCAACGUCAGUCUCUCCCUCAACACCCCAUCACCAUCAUCCCCAGCAGCAGCAGCAGCAGACGCCGUCGAACCCUACCGCCGUUGCCGUGGCGGCUGGACCUGCCUAUCAUCACAACAGCAACAUCAGCAGCAACAGCAGCAGCAACAACAACAACAAUCAAAUGCAAAAGAUUCGACAGCAGCAUCAGCAUCUCAGCAGCAGCAACGGACACGUGGGUAAAUGCCAGCAGCCUCCGCCGCAGGCCUACAACCCUCUGGCGGGCAAUCCGGCAGCUCUCUCGUAUAAUCCGCUGCCGCCUCCACCGCCGCCGCACCACAUGGCCGCCCACAUCGGCGGCUAUGCAGCCCACCCGCCACACUACUACCAAAUGAGCCAGCCCAAGCCGCCCUCCAAGUACAACAACAACAACAACAACAACCCUGGCGGCCACUACAUCGCCAAUAGCGGCACCAGCAACGGUUAUGGCUCCAAGGCCAUCCUCCAGGCAACAUAUCGAAGUGCCAAAGUCGGGCCAGUCCUGGCCCCAGCCAUGGUCCCGGAGGCUGUGGCAGUAUCAGCCACCUCAGCACCAUCUGCAGCAGCAGCGGAGCAUCCAGAGUGUGUGAGCAGCAGCAACCUGCCGGUAGCCACGGAACCCACAGGUCUACAGGAGUUGCCACAAUCGGAUCUGGAGCCAAUCACAACGGAGACGGCGGCGACAGCAGUAAAUGAAGGCAGCAGCAUAGAGCAUAUCGAUGCUGCGGGCACGCUGUCCAACGAGGACGGCAGCUCGGGACGCAGUGGCAAGGACAAGACGCCCAUGUGCCUGGUCAACGAGCUGGCCAGGUACAACAAGAUCACGCACCAGUACCGGCUGACGGGAGAGCGGGGACCGGCCCAUUGCAAGACCUUCACGGUAACCUUGAAGCUGGGCGACGAGGAGUACUCGGCGGACGGGUUCAAGAUAAAGAAGGCCCAGCACAUGGCCGCCUCCAGGGCCAUCGAGGAGACCAAGUACAAGCACCCACCACCGAAGAUACGCCGCAGCGAGGAAGCCAGCACCACACGCACCCACAUCACACCCACCGUGGAGCUGAAUGCGCUGGCCAUGAAGCUGGGACAGCGCACCUACUACCUGCUGGACCCCACACAGAUGCAGCCCAUCGACCCGCUGCUGUCGUCGGAGUACGGAGGCGGCUCCCUGCUGCCCACACCGCCGCCAGGAAUGCCCCAGCCUAUGCCUCAGCCCCUUCCGCCUCCCUUUGCGCUGCGUCCUGCACGACAUGGACACAGUUUUGUGCCCAUUCAAUCCCCGCCCAUGCAUCCACAUGGCUUUUAUGGCGGGCCCCAGCGGGCCUAUGGCCCUAAAUAUGCAUCCAGAUAUACGAUGGUGCCGCCUCUAGGCCCGCACAUGAUCCACGGGCCCAACAUGCCCUACGCUCCGAUUCCGCCGACGCCCAGCAAGAUCACCCUGUACGUGGGAAAGCAGAAGUUCGUGGGCAUCGGGCGCACGCUGCAGCAGGCCAAGCACGAUGCAGCGGCCAGGGCUCUUCAGGUGCUCAAGACGCAGGCCAGCUCGGCGUCAGAGGAGGCACUCGACGACUCCAUGGAUGAGGGCGACAAAAAGUCGCCAAUCUCCCAGGUGCAUGAGAUCGGCAUCAAGCGCAACAUGACUGUGCACUUCAAAGUGCUGCGCGAGGAUGGGCCUGCCCACAUGAAGAACUUCAUCACGGCCUGCGUCGUCGGCAGCAUUGUCACCGAGGGCGAGGGCAACGGCAAGAAGGUGUCGAAGAAGCGGUCGGCCGAGAAGAUGCUCACAGAACUGCAGAAGCUGCCGCCCCUCACGCCCACCAAGCAGACACCAGUCCGGCGCAUCAAGGUGAAAACUCCAGGCAAAAAUGGAUCAGGCACAACGCUUUCGAUAUCGGAUGUGGUAUCCAUGGCAAAGCCUGAACGGCGAAAGCGCCUCAAUGUCGCCAUCAGACCUGUGGAGCUGGACGAUGCCGAGAAUCCCAUAACGAAGCUCAUCCAGCUGCAGCAGACGCGCAAGGAGAAGGAGCCCAUUUUCGAACUGAUAGCCAAGAAUGGCAACGAAGCCUCCAGGCGGCGAGAGUUCGUUAUGGAGGUGUCGGCCAACGGAACCACAGCCCGAGGUACGGGCAGCAGCAAGAAGCUGGCCAAGCGCAGUGCAGCGCAGGCCCUGUUGGAAUUACUGGAAUCGGAUGAGCACAGGAGCGGAGGAGUCCAGGAGUCUCAGGAUUCCACGGAUGGCAAUGCAACUGAAGUAGCAACUGCCACAGCGACAUCAGCACCAGUAAUCGAAAGCACUGUAGACCCGGAUAUUCCCAUGGUCUCAACGCCAGUGGGUCCCAUGCCUGGCAUCCUCAUUCUGCGCCAGCACAAGAGACCGCCUAAACGGAAGGUAGAUCCCAUGAUUAUUGUCAAGGACAGCGAAGAAGCCAAGGAGGAGGAGGACGCCAACAAGGAGACAUCGACCACAACGACGGAUGACAACAGCAGCGAGCCGCAGCCCAUGGAGACAGCCCCAGAGAGUACGCUGAAUACAUCGACGGGCAGCAACACGAGUGGCGUGAGCAGCAAUAGCAGCAAUGCCGCUGCCAGCAGCAGUGCAGCCGCAGCCGUACACAUGAAGGAGCAGCUCCUGUACCUAAGCAAAUUGUUUGAAUUUGAGGUGAACUUCUCGGACUAUCCCAAGGGAAACCACAACGAGUUCCUCACCAUUGUGACACUCUCAACGAACCCGCCGCAGAUCUGCCAUGGCGUUGGCAAGAGCUCCGACGAGUCGCAGAACGACGCUGCGCGCAAUGCCUUAAAAAUCCUCAGCGAACUGGGCCUCAACAAUGCCAAGAAGUAAAUCUAAUCAAUUGAAAUUCAUUUUUAACUGCAAUUUUUGUUGUUGCUGCACAUUUGCAAGGAGAGAAGCAAAACAAAAACGAAAAGAAAUACCCGUCCACAAAGCAAACCUAAAAUCCAAAAACCAAGCUGUGUGCAAAUUCAAAAAAACACAAAAAAAAAGGAAAAAGAAAAACGAGGAAAACGAGAAACAAUGCAAAAGAAAGCCAACCUUCUGAAAUAGCAAAUUAUUAGUUAAUACCUAUUUAUUUAUUUAUGUGCAACUUGUGCAAGCCAACUGGUGUUAUUAUUUUAUUUAUUUGUUGUUGAGAAUUGAUGAACGAAGCAAAGAACUGAAUGUAACGAAAUGUAACGAACAGAAACACUGAGCAGCCCAGAACGGAUAGUCGUGCCCAAUCGUCUAUCCUCCGAGUUGAGAAUUGAACAAUAACUAGCCUUAGAGAGACCCAACCCCCUACUAAGUACUGUACGCACAUGCACGUGCCUACAGUAUGUAAACUUAAGAUUAAAGCUGAUGUUGAAGCCCACUUUACCACUUGAAUUGAAUUGAUGAACAACGGAUUAUAGAUACCCGAGUAUCCGUUCGCUGCAUGCGGCAGACGCUUUCAAAAAUAACUUCAAAAUGAGAAAACUGUUGGAGGAUUUCCGUGGAGAGUGCCAGAGAUUUCCCGCGGAAAUGGGAUAGAGAAGUUUUGAUUUAUUUUUCGAAGCACACCAUCUACGUACCGCUUGUGGUCACAUAUGCUUGAUGAAACUCGUCGAAUAAUGAAUCUAUUAUACAUUAAUAUAUAUCAUAGUUAAGUAAUAGUUCUAAGCAUCGAUAAAUGGAGCGUCACAUCCCCCAUGCAUGAUGUCAACAAUGUUAACAAAUUUCAGGCAAACAAUUCGACUUGCCAAAUGCCAAGUCGAUUUCGCAACUUGAAUGUUAGAUUGCUGGAAUUUGUGGCUGGCAGCGCAUGAGAUGGACAGGAUGGACGCUUGCGUUCAAUCUUAUCAAAUAAAAUACAAUUUACAUAAUCGUUAUAAUUAUAAUUCUAAAUGUUUAAAUGGCCAUUUUUGUAAAUGUUCAGUUUUCGCAGCAACUGCCAGUGUAAGUGUGCGAGAGCCAAAAGCUGAACAUCUUUAUGAAUAACGAAUAGUGUUUGUGUUAGCCUCUUAUAUGUUUUUGUCCCCCAUUAUUCUUUGUUCAUCUUUGUAUUCGUUUUUAAAUAGCUAUACCAUAUCUUCUCUUUAUACAAACGCCCCACCACAUACAUACAUUGAUGGAAUUUCUGAUAACCACAGUUUUAAAUACUAUGUCCCUGUCCCGUAUCCUUGUAACGUAAACAGCAGCACCGGAUUAUUAAGCGUUAAGUUGCAUUAUGUAAAAUGUAUUUUGUCUAAGCAACCGCGUUAGCGAACUGUAACCGUGUGAAAGGUAGCGUCGAACCCAGUAUUAAAUGUAUAGAUAAACGAUCAGCACACACUAUUGGACCAGCAAGAGACAUUGUGCUUCUCCAGUAAUAAAACACACACACUACACACAAAUUGUUCCAUUUGUUGGAAGACUUUGCAAAUAGAAAGGAAACAUCACACAUGACGAAUAUCAUUGGAAUGGUGGAAUCCGCUUUGCAAAUUCUUCACAAAUUCGAUUAGAAUUAUUAACUUUAAAGUGCGGUGUAUUUAACACUAACAACAACGAGCAUAGAUCUGUUCAUUAACACCAAAUAAAGUAAUCGCAUGCGAAUAUGGAGAGAAGAUAACACACAUUUAUUAGUCUUAAGCCUUUCCCCUUCCCUGCAAAACACUCCGACAGAGCAAAGUGUUAGUCUUGUCUUAAUAUUUGUAACGUGAGCGUACUUCUACAUACAACCAUGUUAUAUCAUACAAACAACAAUGAAACUAUGUAAAUGUAAUUUCUUUAAUAAACAUUGAAAUAAAGGUGGAA